GAACGAGAAUAAAAAAACAAGCGAAUCCUCCUAAACCCUGAUAAUCAAAAUCCAAUAAAGAAAAGCAAGAGAGAAGAAGGUGUGCUUUUUUAUUUUUUCGGUUUAAUUGAAACCCAUUAUUUUAUUGGGGAAGGGAAGAGAAGGGAAGGGAAGGGAAGGUAAGGUAAAAGAAAUGAAAAAAGCAGCAACCCUUUGGGCCAAGGAAGAGAAGGUAAAGUACAGAAGCGAUUGUUGUUGCGAAAGCCGUGAGAGCAGUGAGGAAAUUGGUGUUGAGUUCAUGGAGAGGUGUGGCGAGUCCGGUAGCAGAAAGGCGGUCUCCUCCGUACUCCUCCUUUUCCUCCUCUUGAUCCUCAUUUUGCCCCGUAUUUAAAUUCAUUUUUACCAUUUCUAAGUCAUACCCACUUUGCUUUUCUUCCUCGUCUUCUUGAGUUCUACACUUUCUUCUUUGCCUCGAUUUGUGUUUGAAAAAGUAAUACCCAAAAUAUACUACAGUUAUUCUGAUGCUUGAUUCGAUCUCUGGAUGCGUUCUUUAUGAAUCCGCGGUUGGUUAAGCAUUGAAAUUUAGGACUUUUUUUCUGGGUUUGGUAGAUUUGAUUAGGAUUGGGUGAUUCCGUGUUCUUGUAUUUGUUGUUGUUGUUGAAAAAUAUAUGGGUUUAUUAAAGUUGUGAUUUUGGUGUAAAUAGGAUGAGAUUUGUGAAUUAGGAACCUUUAUGUGUUUGUCGAUUAGUUGCAGGAUUUUGCCAUUUCCUCCUUCGAUAUAUUUGCAGUUCCGGGAGGAUUUUCUUUUCCUUUUUAAAAUUACACCCGUUUGGGAAAAGAAACCAAAGUCAUAAUCAAUCAAUUGUAAGCUG